AUGAAGAACCCAUUCCAAACGAACCUGCCAUUUUUGGCUCUACUAAACCUUUCGACGAUGGCUUCCCUAGUGUCGGGUCAAUGCCCCUUUGCGAACAGGCUCAAGACGAGGCAGGAGCAGGGUAGCAGUGGUGACUCUCGCUCCUUCAUCCAGCACAAUGAUGUCGAAGACGGCGACGUGUACAUGACGUCGGAUGUCGGUGGACCGAUUGCGGACCAGAGGAGCUUGAGAGCUGGAGAUCGGGGUCCGACGCUGCUUGAGGAUUUCAUUUUCAGGCAGAAGAUUACCAGGUUUGAUCAUGAGCGAGUACCCGAACGUGUUGUCCACGCCCGAGGCGCCGGUGCCUAUGGAAAGUUCGUCAGCUAUGGCGACUAUAGCAAUAUCACUGCCGCCUCCUUCUUGAGUUCCGAGGGCAAGGAGACUCCUGUUUUCGUGCGCUUCUCGACUGUCCUUGGAUCGAGGGGCAGCCCUGAUACCGUUCGCGAUGUCCACGGUUUUGCGACGCGAUUCUACACCGAUGAAGGAAACUGGGAUCUCGUUGGAAACAACAUUCCCGUCUUCUUUAUCCAAGAUGCCAUUCAGUUUCCCGACGUGAUCCACGCCGGCAAGCCGAGCCCCAACAGCGAGAUCCCCCAGGCUGGCACGGCUCAUGAUUCUGCUUGGGACUUUUUCAGCAUGCAGACCACUGCUCUUCACACUCUCUUCUUCGCCAUGUCUGGCUUUGGUAUCCCGCGCAGCUACAGGCAUAUGGACGGCUUCGGUGUAAACACCUACCGCUUCGUCAACGACAAGGGCGAAUCCAAGCUCGUCAAGUUCCACUGGAAGACCCUCCAGGGCAAGGCCAGCCUGGUCUGGGAGGAGGCUCAAGUCACUGCCGGCACCAACAUCGAUUUCCACCGCGAAGAUCUCUGGCAGGCUAUCGAAUCUGGCCAUGCCCCCGAGUGGGAGUUUGCCGUGCAGCUCGUGGACGAAGACCAGGCGCAGGCUCACGGCUUCGAUGUGCUUGACCCCACGAAGAUCAUUCCCGAGGAAAUAGCUCCGUUGCAGAAGCUUGGAAAGUUGACGCUUGAUACUAACCCUCGCAACUACUUUGCCGAGACUGAGCAGAUCAUGUUCCAACCCGGCCACAUUGUUCGCGGAAUCGACUUUAGCGAGGACCCCUUGCUUCAGGGCCGCAUCUUCUCUUACCUUGAUACUCAGCUGAGCCGCCAUGGUGGACCCAACUUUGAGCAAAUUCCCAUCAACCGUCCGAUUGCGGAUGUCCACAACAACAACCGAGACGGAGCCGCGCAGAUGAUGAUCCACGGCAACACUAUCCACUACUCGCCCAACUCUCUUCACGACAACCUGCCCAGGCAAGCGAAUGAGACCGACGGCAAUGGCUUCUUUACCGCACCGCAACGUAGGCUUCAGGGGGACUACGUCCGAGCCCUCCCUUCUUCCUUCGACGACCACUGGUCUCAGCCCCGCCUCUUCUACAACUCCCUUACCCCCGCCGAGCAGCAGCAGGUAGUCGACGCCAUCCGGUUCGAGACCAGCAAUAUCAAGUCCGACACGGUCAAGAACAACGUCAUCACGCAGCUGAACAAGGUCAGCAACGACAUCGCGGCGCGUGUAGCCACGGCUCUCGGCCUCCCGGUCCCCGACCCUGACCCCACGUAUUACCACGACAACACUACUGCGGGCUUCUCUGUCCUUAAGGACCCUCUGCCCACGAUUGCUGGUCUCAGGGUUGGCGUCCUCGCUACCGUUAAUGACAGCGAAUCCCUCUCACAAGCGAGGGACCUCAAGUCCAAGUUUGACCAGGAGGGCGUCUCGACGAUCGUCGUCGCCGAGAGAUACGCCGAUGGUGUCGAUGCUAUUUAUUCGGGCAUUCGUGCCAACGCCUUUGAUGGCCUCGUCAUCACCAAGGGAACCGAGGCCCUCUUCGGCGCCAACGCCACUAACCCUCUGUACCCCAGAGGUCGGCCCGCUCAGACACUCGAAGACUCGUAUAACUGGGGCAAGCCUGUCGCUGCCGUUGGCUCUGGGUCGAGGGCAUUCGACGGCAGUGUCGUCCAGAGGGGUCCGGGAGUGUACACCCACAAUGAUACUUCGUCCGUCGUGGACUCGUUCAAGGAUGGUCUCCGAACCUUUAAGUUCGUGGACCGUUUCCCGACGGAUAACCCCUCGCAGUAA